AAAAAGAAUGGGCUUCUCUCCCCUUAUUGAUGAUAAAACUGGACGAAAUUGACGAAUUAAAGGUAGUAAGAAAUUUCAGCAAGUUGCAGAACCGACCCAGUCUUCCUAGUCCUCCCGGCCCAGGUUACUGAUAAAGGCCGGUAAAGGCCCCCACUAUGACCCGAUGGGAUAGAGAGUUUGCGCGCCAGAUGAUGAACAUGGCUGCCCACAGAGACUUCGUUGCGCGAGAAGUAUGAAGGGGUAUUUGUAGUCGCUAUAAACGAAGGGGAUCCAUAUGAUGGAUUUUAAGCUUAAAAGAAAUGAAUACUGCGAAAAGGGAAGCAUAUUCCCUUCCAGUAAACGACCAUAAAAGGCGAUGCGAAGAUGUACCAUCGGUGAAGAAGGUCAAUUUUAGACGCAAGUUGACAGCAGAUCAUGUAAAAAGCAACGAAAUUCAGGCAACCUCCGACUUGAAGGUCAAAAGGAGUAAGAGGUCAAAGAGAAGGAGUUCGCACAGCAGCUGUAGUGAGAGUGAAGUGAACGAACAACGGCCUUCAGGAAAAUGCAAAAACCCUUUAACUGAUGUUGUUUUUGCUCAAAACUUCUGUAGCACCCCAGUCAGAAGGGAUUGUGUCGUUCAGGUUUCGGCGAGUGUUCAUAAACAUGAACCAAAGUUUGAAGGACAAAGUUGUUCGCCCGUUGGAACUGAUUUCAAAAGUGUAGUGGACACCUCCAGCUUUUAUGGCGACGAUAGCGCUUUAGCUGCCUUAAAUCUGAGCGAAAUCACUAGUUCAUCAUCAGCUGCCUCCGCUCCUGUUCAACGUGACAAUUGUGUAACUUCGAUGAAAGAAGAGUCAAACCAGUUUUUUGGCUUGCCACUUGAAGUCAAAGAGCUGUUACAGAAGUACAAAGGAAUAGAAAAUUUGUAUGAGUGGCAGACAGACUGCCUCAAUCUGCCAGCUGUCAAGGAGAGAAGAAACUUGAUUUACUCUCUUCCAACAAGUGGAGGCAAAACCUUGGUGGCAGAAAUUCUUAUCUUUAAAGAGCUGCUGCUACAAGAAAAGGAUGCCUUGUUUGUUCUUCCAUUUGUGUCCAUUGUUCAGGAAAAGGUUAAAUCUUUGACUCAAUUUGCUGUUGAGCUUGGCUUCUUAGUGGCGGAGUAUGCUGCUAGUCGAGGGAAAAUUCCACCCCGCAGCAGACGCAAAAAGAAGUCUGUGUACAUUGCAACAAUAGAAAAGGCAAAUGCCCUGGUUAACAGCCUCAUUGGAGAAAGCAGAAUUUCAACAUUGGGUCUAGUGGUAGUUGAUGAGCUACAUAUGUUGGGUGAAACAGUAAGGGGGGCCACCUUAGAGAUGUGUUUGGCCAAGCUCAUGUUUGUUUCUUCCACCACCCAGAUAAUUGGAAUGAGUGCUACUUUAAGCAACAUUGCAGACUUGAAGGCAUUUUUAAAGGCUGAGGUGUAUUCAAAUGAUUUUAGACCAGUCGAGCUGAAGGAGUUUGUGAAAGUGGGCCAUGACAUUUACAAGGUCCCUAAACCUUCAGAUCCUGAGGACGAAGCUGGUAAAGUUUUCAGGAGGAUUAAUAACAAACAGGGCCAAAAGAAAGAAACCCUGAAGCGAGAUCCAGAUCAGUUGUUAGCCCUGGUUUUGGAGGUUGUUCCUGAUCACUCCUGUCUGGUUUUUUGUUCCACUAAGAAGAACUGUGAAAACUUGGCAUUACUGCUCAUAAAGUUAAUGCCCAGGGAAUUACGCCAAGUGAAAGCCAUGGAGAGGCAGCAGCUGAUGAGGGCUCUGUACAAUGAAGCGUGUGGUCUGUGUCCUGUGUUAAGACAGACCAUUCCUUUCGGCAUUGCAUACCAUCACAGUGGACUGACGAUGGACGAGCGGAAACUAAUUGAAGAUGGUUACAGUCAGGGUGUGCUAUGCCUUCUGACAUGUACCUCUACUUUGGCAGCAGGUGUUAACCUGCCGGCAAAGAGAGUCAUUAUCCGUGCACCGUAUGUGGGUAUCUCUAUACUCAGCCAGAGUCAAUACAAACAGAUGAUCGGCAGAGCGGGACGAGCAGGCAUUGACACUUCAGGAGAGAGUAUUCUUAUUAUCAAAGAUUCUGACAAACCUAAGAUCCAACACCUGUUUUCAGGGCCCUUGGAGAGCUGUUGCAGUAGUUUGUUAUUUGACAAUGGCAAAGGAUUACGAGCUAUGCUUCUCACACUUAUUGGACUCGAACUGUGCACGACCGCUGAAGAACUGAAACAGUUUAUGCAAAACACGUUACUGUGCGUGCAAUCAAAAUCGCAGUCGGUAGACAUUUUUGACCAGAUGGAGGAAUCUCUGGACUCGUUACAGAAGCUGGGACAUGUUAAUAUUUCUGGUCCUACGGAGAGCAGAAAGAUAGAAGUUACUCAUCUUGGACAGGCGACUUUUAAAGGGUGUAUUGAUGUGGAUAGCAGUCCCAUGAUUUACAGCGAGCUUGCAAGAGCGCAGGAGGACCUUGUCCUAACUACUGAACUUCAUCUGCUCUAUCUUGUCACACCACCGGACUUGAGGGAUUCAAUCGAGCCUGACUGGAUGACGUACUUUAAGCAGGUGUUAUCAUUAAGUGAGUCAGAGCAGAAAGUAGCCGAGCUGUUUGGGGCCACAGAGAGCUUUUUAUCAAGAAGAGCAACUGGGCAGCAAGGGAAAAAGGACAUGAGUGAGCAAGCUACAGUGAAGAGGUUCUACUUAACUCUCAUCCUUUACAAGUUGUUAAAAGAACACACAGUAUGGGAAGUAGCCAGCGUAUUUAAGGUGACACGAGGAUUUGUGCAGAAUCUAUUGACUUCAGCUUCUUCGUUCGCUUCGUGUAUGGUGCACUUUACUGGGGAACUGAACGAGUUUUGGGGUGUGUAUCUAUUGCUUGAAGCCAUGGUGAAGAAAUUGUCCUACACGGCAAGCUUGGAGCUUGUACCUCUGAUGGAGGUUCCUGGUGUUAAACAGGCUCGCGCUCGCCAGUUACUCAAGGCAGGCUAUAAAACCCUUAGCAGCCUGGCCUGGGCCGAUGCCAGUUCACUUGUAACACAGAUUGAACAUCUCUCCAGGCGUCAAGCUCAUCAGAUCGUUUCGGCGGCCAAGAUGCUGUUAGAAGAGAAAGCUGACGCUUUGAGAGAAGAGGCUGAAGAAAUGACAACCGCACCAGAACUAGCCACAACAGAACGAACAGAAAAUUAAUUAUAAUUUCACUGGAAAAUUGUUAAUUGUAUACUGCACAAAGAAAGGAGGCGACAGUGUGUCGAUACGGUUGUGUACCUACCAUUUUAAUAAUCGAAAUUACUUGACAUGGCGGGGUAAACAUUGGUCUAUCCAAAGAAAAUUACUUGAAUAUCAGAAUAUAAAUUAUUUCGAAAUUGCUUAGCCGAAGUAGUAACAGUGUUUCAUUUCGUUUUGUUACUAGUAGCAGUAAAGUGUUUGAAUAUGAUUGGACUAUUAAUGUGCGUGCAGUAUAUAAUAAGUAGAAAUUUCCGCUCAGCUCCUGACUAAAAGAAUAAUAAAUGAAAAAAUACCAAUUAUGCCUCUAGCAACCCAAACAAUAGUAGCUACACCAAACAAUUACAUGUGUUUGUAAGAAUGAAUUUCUAAUGUGAUGUACAAAAAAUUACGCGUACAAAUGAUGAUGUACAAAGUGACGCACAAAAAUCUUCUCUAACUGAAGGCGCUAGCUUGAAAACACAAGUUGGACUUUAUUUAAAAUAUUUAUCCAACCAUCAGGCCCCUAAAACGUUAAAUAGAGUUUUGAAAUAUUAUGUGAAGAGAUUGUUUACGAGGAGCUAAAUACUUAGUUAAACACCCGGCUUAUUGCCGCUUUGGUCGUAAACUCGGUAAACUGUUCAAAUCGCCGAAAUAAAGACUGAAUUCCCCUUGGGCUUAUUUCA